AUGGAUGAUUUAGCUCUCCUUGACCUGCUGGAGUGUCCUGUGUGCUUUGAAAAGCUCGACGCCACAGCGAAGGUGCUACCUUGCCAGCACACUUUCUGCAAGCCUUGUCUGCAGAGGAUCCUGAAAUCCCAGAAGGAGCUCAGGUGCCCUGAGUGCAGGACCCUCGUCCUCUGCAGCAUCGAGCAGCUGCCCUCCAACCUGCUCCUCAUUCGCCUCCUGGAUGGAGUCAGGUGUGGACAAAACAUUACCAGGUUUGGCUCGAUCCAGAGGUCGGGGGUCCUGUCCUCCCCUGCCUCUGUCAGGAGAGUCCCUAGGGGGUUGCAACUUCAUCAGCACCGGCUGGCGACAAAUCCCAGGAUCCACAUGGAAGGGGUCCCGCGAGCCAAGGCCCUGUACACCUACCGAGGGCACAACCCCGGGGAGCUGAGGUUCAACAAGGGGGACAUCAUCGUGCUGCUCCGACAGCUGGAUGAGAACUGGUAUUUGGGAGAGGUCAACGGGAUCAGCGGCGUUUUCCCAGCCAGCUCUGUGCAAGUCAUCAAGCACCUGCCCCUGCCACCGCCCCUCAGCAGAGCGCUCUACAGCUUUGACCUGAGGAGCAGGGAUAAGACGGAGAACAAGGACUGCCUGACGUUUCAUAAGGGUGACGGCAUCUCUGUCCUCGGCAGAGCUGAUGAGAAAGAGGGCAAGUUAGGCGACAAAGCAGGGACCUUCCCCAGCUUGUCGUCUCCCAAAGCAAAGGGCGCAGAUUCGCCGGCUUUCCCCAAGGUGCCUGACUCCAGGCGGAAGAGCCUGCGGCAGUUCUCCAUCACCACCGCCCUGAACACCCUCAACCGGAUGGUCCACGCACCCGCUGAGCGGCAGGCGCUGGAGAUCAGCUCCCCCGUGCUCAUCAGCUCCAGCAACCCCACCGUGGCCACCCAGAGCAGCGAGAAAGCGGAGUUUCCCUACGGCACCCCUCUGCAGGUCAGUGCAUCUUACUAUCCUGCGCCAGGAUCAUUGGGGCACUCGGCAGCCAUUGUCACUCUUCCCCAUCUGCAGCACCACGUAUCAGCUUAUAUGUGCGUGGCCCUCCAUUCCUAUGUGGCUCACGGACCGGACGAGCUGGAGCUGCAGAAGGGAGAAGGGGUCCGCGUCUUUGGGAAAGAGCAUGACGGCUGGCUGCGGGGCAUGUCCCUCGUCACAGGGAGAGUGGGGAUCUUCCCCAGCAACUACGUCGCUCCCCUCUUCAGGAAAUCUAAUCUCUCUGACUCAAAAAUGCCUUCCCUGUACGCCUCAUGGACGCUAUCAACCUCCUCGCUAUCCUCCCAAGGGAGCAUCUCAGAAAACGGCCCGAGACAAAGCAGACCCUUGAAACCAGCGCUGCUGCCCAUGCCCGUCACCUCGCCUGGGAGAAGCACGGCCACGGGACAGGCAUCGCUGCGGCGUGGACGCGGCAGCACGAGGAAGAACGGAUCCCUGCAGAGGCCGGGGCAGGCGGGGACCCCCAUGCAGGUUGCCGGCUCCCUCAGGCGUCCUCCCACGGCUGCGGUGCGACCUCAACAGUUUCAGCUUUAUCAGCACAUCAGCCCACAGCCGCACAGCAUCCCUCCUGGAGCUGGCCUGGCCGAGGCAGGAACGAGGCCAAACUUCUCCCACGAGGCUUCACCAGCACUUGUGGUCAGAGGAGGGGAAAGCAGAACUCCCUCUGUGUGCAGCUCGGUGAACCUGGAUGCCAAAGACCCUCCAGCAAAGAGCGAGGCAGCUCCAAAGCCGCCUGCGUCAGCCCCACCAUCCAUCCUGGUGAAACCAGACACCUCCCGCAACAGCGCCGAAAAGCAAGUGAAGACGGUGAGGUUCCAGAACCACAGCCCCCCACCGCCGAAGCGGCACAGCCUGCAGCCCUCCCCGAGCCUGCCGCGCAGCAGGACGGAGCCAGCGGCCGCGGUGGAGGCUCUCCUGCCAGAAGCCAGCCUGUCGGGCCCCGAGCUGGCAGUGCUCUACUCGCCCAGGACCAGCUCCAGCCCCCUGCACCAGCGACGGGUGCUGCACCCGAAGGCGCUGUCGCUGGACCUCUCUGGGCAGCUGACCUUCCCUGUCAAGAAGAACUACAGCAGCAUUUCUGCAAACUGA